GCGGCGCUGCGCGUGCGCGGCGGCGGCGCGGAAGUUGCGCGUGCGCGGCGUGGGCGCGGCCUCGCCAUGGCGGAGGAGGCGGCGGUGCGGGCCCAGGCGGAGACCGUGCGGAGGCUCAAACAGGAGAAGGCCGAUGCUGACGAGAUUGCAAAGGAAGUGGCAAAGCUGCUCGAGAUGAAGGCGCAGCUGGGGACAGAUGAGGGAAAACACAAGUUUGUGCUGAAGACCCCAAAGGGCACCCGGGAUUUUGGCCCCAAGGAAAUGGCCAUCCGUGAGAGGGCCUUCAAAGCCAUCAUCUCCUGCUUCAAGCGCCACGGGGCCGAGGUCAUUGACACGCCAGUGUUCGAGCUGAAGGAGACACUGACAGGGAAAUACGGUGAAGACUCGAAGCUCAUCUAUGAUCUAAAGGAUCAGGGAGGAGAGCUGCUGUCCCUGCGCUAUGACCUGACAGUGCCCUUUGCUCGCUACCUGGCCAUGAACAAGAUCACCAACAUCAAGCGCUACCACAUUGCCAAGGUGUACAGGAGGGACAACCCGGCCAUGACCCGGGGCCGCUACCGCGAGUUCUACCAGUGUGACUUCGACAUUGCCGGGCAGUUUGACCCCAUGAUUCCUGAUGCCGAGUGCCUGAAGAUUGUGCACGAGAUCCUCAGUGACCUGCAGCUCGGGGACUUUGUCAUCAAGGUCAACGACCGGCGCAUCCUUGAUGGGAUGUUUGCAGUGUGUGGGGUCCCGGACAGCAAAUUCCGAACCAUCUGCUCCAGCGUUGACAAGCUGGAUAAGGUGCCGUGGGAAGAAGUGAGGAGUGAGAUGGUGGGAGAGAAGGGGCUCUCUCCCGAGGCUGCAGAUCGCAUCGGAGAGUAUGUCCAGCUCCACGGCGGGCUGGACCUGAUCGAGCAGCUUCUCCAGGAUCCAAAGCUAUCCCAGAACAAGGUGGCCAAGGAAGGGCUGGGGGACAUGAAGCUGCUGUUUGAGUACCUGACCCUGUUUGGCAUCACAGGGAAGAUCUCCUUCGACCUGAGCCUGGCGCGGGGCCUGGACUAUUACACGGGGGUGAUCUUUGAGGCUGUGCUGCUGCAGCAGGAGAACGAGCACGUGGAGGAGCCGCUCAGCGUUGGCAGCGUGGCUGGAGGCGGCCGCUAUGACGGGCUGGUGCUGCCAACCCCUGUGGCAGGCCCUGCCUCUGCUGCUCCGAGAGCCGGUCGCGCCCGCUCCCCGCCGUCCCCUCCUUCCCCGGGGCGAACUCCCAGCCGGGACCUGAACGGGGAGCUCCCGCCGGCCCUUCCCGGGCUCCAGAAGCACCUGCCGCGGGCUGCCGAAGCGAGGCCGCGGCUCCGCCGUCUCCCGGAGCGGCGCCUCAGGCGAACAGGGAGGCGGGCCCGGGCUGAAGGGCGGGGCCGCAGCUGA